AUGGACUCAGCUUUCGCAACACCGCCGCCGGAAACCGCCGCUGAAACCGGUGGUGCGGUUAUUGGAGAUAAUGGUGGAUUUACGGUGGAUCCUUUUCUGGUCGAGGCUUUGCAGAACCCUCGGCAUCGUUUGACGAUUUUGCGGAUGGAGCUUGAUGUUCAAAGGUUCUUGCAGAGCCCUGAGCAGCAGCAGUUCGAGUUCCAGCAUUUCCCUACUUCCUACCUUCGUCUUGCAGCUCACCGUGUUGCUAACCACUAUGGAUUAGCUACAUCGGUUCAAGACAAUGGUGCGGAUGGCAUUAUCCUUGUGACGAAAACAACGGAGAGCAGAUUCCCUGCUGUUCGGCUGACUGAAAUCCCGGUGGCGAAACAGUCGGAGAAUCGUAAGUUUGAGCACAUGAAAGUUUCCAUCAAGACUCGGCCUUCUAAAGGAUCUGGAGAUGAUGCUGGUGAGCUGGAAAAGAAACGUGGUCCUCUUAGAAGUGUUGAAGAGAGGAAAGAAGAGUAUGACAGGGCUCGAGCUCGCAUAUUUAAUGGUCUUACGGGCCUUAACGGUGAUGAUGACUCUUCGUCUGAAACUCAGGUUUAUGGGAGGAACACAAGUCUUGGCAGAGAUGAGACUCACAGUCAAGUAUCUAAGAAUGCUUGCGUUGAGGUAGAGAGGAACUUCAGUCUCAGAGAAACGGGUCCAACAUCUCGUGUUGCAAUUCUUAGAGACAGAGAGAAAGAUCGCUUUGACCCUGACUAUGACCGCAGCUCUCAAAGGUACACUAGGAGCCUUCCGGUGAAUCAGAAUUUCAGUCUACCAGCUUUCAACGUUCAGAAAAUGCAGCUGCAGCAACAACCGUACUACGAAAUGGGAUUAACCGGAUAUAAUCAAAUCCCAAGUGCUCCUGCUUCUCUAAGCUUCGGUCCACCUUUAGUAAGCUCUAUGAUGGGUCCCUAUGGCGUUCCAGUUCUAAACCAGCCUUCAAGGGAUGCAAUGUAUAUGCAGUGGCCUAAUGCAAAUAUGAUGUAUGCUCAUUCAUAUGAGCAGUUUGUAAAUGCCUCUCUCCAGGCACAGUUCUGUCAACAACCCUUGAGCUUCGACUACAUGCAGAACCGUUAG